GUCAGUGAUAGGUACCAUACAUGUCAUGACAUGUGUGGAUUCAAUCAGUCAGCAUGGGUAGGUGGGGCAAAACGGUCCGCCGGCGGUCUUAACAAAUACCUCAUCCACCCUCCCCUCCAUGCCAUGCAACCACACCGCACCAGACAAGCCAUGCAGCAGCCAAGUCACGCCAGAAAAAAAAGAGAUGAGAAACUUCGCCACCCCCCCUCCCCACCCCAUCCCCGAACAAAGGCGUAACACAGUCAGUCAGCCAUUCAAUAAGGUGAGGCCCUCACACCCCUCCCCCCAGCUGCCGGCCUUGCGGGGCCAUAGCCCCCAGGAGCACCACCAACACCACCAGCAGCAGCGGCACCCAGCUGCUGUGUGGCCGCUAUGGGUGCCAUCGGUGCCGCCCCGUAUGCAGCGGGCAUCGUGGGGGCGCUUAGCACGGUGGGAGCUACCAUACCUGCCACCACGACACACACACAUACACAUACACAUACACACACGCGCGCAGAGAACGGAAGACUUUCUGUCUCAGCUGGUCGUGCGUGUUUUGGGGGUACCGUACCCGUGGGGCCGCCCACCGGGGGCGCCAUCGGCAUUGGCGGAGCCAUCGAACCUGUCACAGCACACAGACGCGUCGUCAAUCAAUCAAUCCAGUCAGUCCGUCGUGGCAGGCAGUUUUCUCGUCUUCUCUCUCUCUCUCUCUCUCUCUCAUCUCACCGGCAUAGCCGGCAUACGCAACGUUGGGCGGGUAUGCAGCCCCAGCCACAGCAGCAGGAGGGAAGCCCGGCCCGUAUGCCGGCGCGGGGAAGCCCCCAUAGGCCGCGUAGCCGUACCCUCCUCCCAUCCCCAUGCCCAUCCCGUACCCGCCCCCAUAGCCGUCGUAGCUGUAGGCGUCAUACAGAGGGCCACCUGACACACACAGCGAAACCAAGUUGCGGACGUGAUACGCUGUGACUGAGUGUGUUGACUGACCGCGAGGGCGAGGGGCGGCCGAGUAUGGUCCACCGCCCCGGAACUGCGGCUCGUACCAAUCUGACGCACCACAAGACGGAGACAGAGACAGACACACGGAUGGGUGGGUGUUGGUGUGUGGGUGGUGGUGCCCCCCCUACCUCUUUUGAAUCGGUCGUCGUCAAAGGGUCGUCUGCCUCUGGGGCCGGGGGCGUCGCGCGGCACCGCAUGCUUGGCCUCACAUUGCUGAUAUAUGACACACACAGGCAGGCAGAUCCAGACAGACAGACAGACAGAGAGACAGAGAGACAAAGAGUGAGUGAGUUGGUGCCUCGUCCGUGAAUGUGCAAAGACGGUAUGGAUCCAUCAUUCAUGUCACUCAUGAUUCAAGCACGCCCGCCCCGCUUAGCCAUCCAUCCAUUAUUCUGCCGUCGUCUGAGCUCCUUUCUCCAUCUCUUCUCGCCUCGUCUCGUCUCGCCUCGCCUCGCCUCGUCGCUGGAUCGUUUCUCGCUCUAUGGCUCUGCUCGCUGGCUCCCCUCGCUGCCUGCCGUGUGGCUAUCUCGCCAGAAUAAUAGCUCGCCUUUCCUCCUUCCUCAGCCCCAUCUCACCCACCCAUUCACCUUAACCGUGCCCCCCUCGCCACUUGCUGAUAGGGCUGCUUCUGCUGUUGCCUGCUGCUGCUGCUGCUGCUGCUGCUGACGUGAUGAUCAUAACAACGAGACGAUCUGCCGCUGGCUGCUGGCUCGCUCCCUUACUCCUUUCUCCUUUCUCCUUACUCCUUACUCCUUGGCUGUCGUCGUGUUGGCUCUCUCUCUUCUCUGUGACUUGCCUGAACUGAGCUCUUACGAUACUUAUAGAUAGCACGCCCCUCACGACACAUCACAGCACGGCACGGCACAGCACGUCAGACCAUGUAGCAGGGAGAGAGAGCAGGGAGAGAGAGAGAGAGACUGACCGCUCGGCCCUUGAUGGUGUGUGAGCCACACGCGGCCUCCGCGUGGUCAGGGUUCUCAAAGACAAUGAAACCAAAACCUUCAUGUCGACCACACCACGCCAGACCAUAUCAUAUCAUAGCAUCACACGCACCCCCGCCAUACAGACACGCAGGCAGGCAGACACACAACCAACACACGACACACAUGGGUGUGUCCUUCCUUGUCUGUCUGACUGACUGACAGUCUCUCUCUCUGUGAGAGGAGAGAGGUGUGCAUACCUCUGGGCCGGUGGUUGGUCUUGUCAUACGCCAGGACAGCGUCCUUCACCUUGCCGUAACGACGCUCGAAAUAGCCCCGAAACUCCUCUGCACAUACACACACAUGACAUCACACACAGACACUCUCUCCCUCUCUCUCUGUCCUGUGCGUGUGUGGAUUGGAUUGGACUGCCCACCUUCCUGCAGGUCUUCGGGCAGUCCGCCAACGAAGAGCUUGCAUGGGUUGUUGACGCUAUCGUGCGGAGCGGCCUGGCGGGCCUCAUCACGGGGCAACGCGCGGCGGCACUCGACCUUCAUAUCAUCCACACCACACCACACACCAUAGAAAGGACAAGUCUCUCUCACACACGUCUGGUUGUCGUACCAGGACGCCGUCAAUCUUGUGUCUGUCGAUCAUGGCAUGCUCGACCGCCUUGGUGUCGACAAAGGUGACGAAGCCGAACCCCCGACUGCGGCCGACGCGCCGGUCCAUCACCACCGCGCAGUCAGCUAUCUCGCCGUACUUGGAGAAAUGCUCACGCAAACCUGGCAGACACACCCGAACGGAACGUGGCGUGGCACAGGCACCAGGCACAGGCAGGCAGGUCAGUGGUCUGUCUGUCUGGUGGGUGUCCUGAAUGUCAGCAUCCGCAUACAGCUCACCUUCUGAUGAGGUUUCCUGCCCGAGCCCGCCUAUAAACAUCUUGGAGGGGUUCUUGUUCAGGUCAUCCAUCACCAUUUUGCCUACGUACGGCCCUCCGCAGUUUUCC